UCGUGAGUUUUGUGCUCUGUACACUCUUCAGUUUCAUACUCAUACACGCACUUCGUAUUUCGUAAUAGUCUCUUCCUCGUCUGCUAAAACCAACUCUUGCAAAUCCUCUAUCAUCCAACAACUCUCUCUCUCUCUCUCUCUCUCAGUCUCUCUCCUUUCUCUCUGUACAGAUCAUAGACACAAACACAAAUUUGUGCAACUCCUCUGUAUAUCCUGGGUGACAUAGCCUGCCCUCAUCUCUCUCUCUAGAGAGACCCUCUUCAGAUUCAUAAGUUACUACCACAUGUCACUUCCUUCUCUCCAUUUCCUUACAUCAAGAACCCCGAUUCUUGAAUUUUUAAUUUCACUCUUUCUUUUAUGCAUUGUUCCCUUCUUUGAAAUUCUUGAUCACAAUUUCAAAAAAAAUCAUAAUUCUCUAUUUUAAGUCGGUGCUCUUAAAUUAAAACUAAUUAAAACUUUGAAAGGCAGAUAAUGCAAGAUGUUUUCUUGCGUAGAAAAGUCCGAAAAUUCGUUUUGGGGUCCAGUGAGGAAUCUGUUUGGCCGUAUGAGGAACAAAGAUGAGGAUAGUAGAAACACUAGUAAGAAUAAGAAUGGUGGUGAUGAUGACCCUCUUAUGUGGUGCAAAGAUCUUGAAAAACACUACUGUGGCGAUUUCUCGUUUGCAACGGUACAAGCGAAUCAGAAUAUGGAGGAUUCCAGUCAAGUUGAGACGGGACCGAAUGCUACAUUUGCUGGAGUUUAUGAUGGCCAUGGCGGCUCUAGAGCUUCCCAGUACAUCCGAGAUCAUUUGUUUGCACAUCUAAUGAGAUAUCUCAAGGAGAAUGGGACAAUGUCAGAAGCCAAUCUCAAGAAUGCGUUUGCUGCAACUGAAGAUGGAUUUCUCUCUCUUGUCAAAAUGGCAUCCCGAGAGGAACCACUAGUGGCAGCAAUUGGAUCCUGUUGUCUGGUUGGAGUCAUUUGGAAUGACAAAUUAUACAUGGCUAAUCUUGGUGAUUCUCGAGCUGUAAAGGGUUACUUUGGUGAGUCUAAUGAAAUCAUAGCGCAACAGCUGACGGAGGAUCAUAAUGUUAGUAGGACAGAGGUCAGAGAAGAACUCAAGUCCAUGCAUCUUGAUGAUUCCAGGAUAGUUUAUCAGAGACGAGGGGUCUGGCGUAUUAAAGGAAUGAUUCAGGUAUCUAGGGCCAUAGGGGAUGCAUACUUGAAGGACCCUGAAUAUACGCUUGAUCGAAAAUGCUUGAGGUUCCACCUUUCAGAAUCUAUUCUCCGGCCAGUGCUAAGAGCUGAUCCAUCUACCUACACGAUAGAUUUACAACCCAGUGACAAAUUUCUCAUAUUUGCAUCUGAUGGACUUUGGGAUCAAGUGACAAAUCAGGCUGCUGUUGAGAUUGUCUACAAUUAUCCCAGAGAGGGUAUUGCCAGAAGACUUCUUGAAUCAGCUUUACGUGAAGCAGCUAGGAAAUCUGAGACGACUUAUGAUGAGCUAAAGAAAUACGCGAAGGGAAUCAGGCGGAUGUAUCACGAUGAUAUCACCGUCAUCGUGAUUUUUGUAGAAAAUGAGUUGAUGGAGAAGAAGGUUGACGUGCCUGCGAUGUCUGUAAUAGGGGGUGUCGCCAACAUUGAACCAUCGAUGUUCAACAUUCUGCAAGACACAAAACCCAAUAGAAGUGAACCUGAUGAAUGAAGCAACUCUACUCAAUGGAAGUGAACCUGAUGAAUGAAGCAGCUCUACUCAGCUGAACAGCUCAAACUGCCUGGAUAAGAAACAUGUUCACUAAAAGUUCAUAAAUCUGUAAACUUGUACUCCCUUCUGAUGUUUUAAUUCAAUCAUUUUCGUUUUUAAAGUAUAAUAUCUUUUGAGGCACCUUUGUAUGUUAAUUCUUCGCAUUCUUACUUAAACCCUGAUAUAAUAGAUGAUUAAGCA